GAAGAAAAAAGAAGAAGAAGAAAUAUACCCAGCUUGCUGGAUCGGAAUUCGGAGAUUCUUGUAAAAUGGCUUCAAAUCUUUCAGCUAUCGAGCUGUUGAAACUUGGCAAUGAAGGCCGAGAGGUUCCUCUUUUAAACAAAUACUGGCCACAUAUCUUGGGUGUAGGAUUCGGUAUAGGAACUGCUAUGGCGAUUAACUUCGGCACGCGACGUCCACUCUUUAGUGGAAUACAGAAGCACAUCGCUGGCGUAGCCGUGUGGACAAUUGGUCUAAAUUAUGUACAAAAUAAGAGGAACGAAUACCUAGCAGAGAAGGAUGCGGUUUUGAGACAUUACAUAGAGUUACACCCUGAAGAUUUUCCUGAACCAGAGAGGAAGAAAAUUGGUGAUAUGUUGGAAGAUUGGAUCCCUAUUCGUUAGUUUUUGUUAAUUGUAUAUAAAAUGGUUUAGAACUAUUAAAAUAAUUAUUACCACAAAAAAUGUGUUUUUAAUA